CAGUGUCACCGCGGUGGGCGUCAGCUCUGAGGAAAUUACAGUGAAAUUUAGACCAUGAAGGCUAAUCUACACUUUGAUGGCAGUUUUUACCAGCCUCGGGAGGUCAGCUGUACUGAGCUGUCAAAUGUAUUUUGAUUGCGCAGGUGCAUCCUUCCAAAGGAGACCAUGACCUUGGGUUUUGGCUGAGUAAGGAGCAUCUGAAUGAAGCGCGGCGCGCCCCCGGCUGUCGGGCUGAGAAAAGGCGCACCCUCCUCCAUUUACAUUGCAGCCACGCAGCUUUGCUCAGAUUGGAGAUGAAGAAUGGGGGAUGUGGGGAUUUCUUUUCUGUAGAUCUGUGUCAGUAAUUUAAAGGUAAACAAUUCGCGCUUGGCAUCGAUGCCUUUGUUUGAUGUUUCAACAUUUCGGGAUUGAUUAUAGGAAAAAAAAACAGCCCUCUUAACGUGUUAUUCGAGAUAAUUUGCGUCGCUUGCAUCUGAUCGAGUGACUGCACCUCGUCGACAAGAGCGGUGCGUUAUAGAUCUGAUCAAAAAAUCUCUCCCACUACGAGACGUUUCAUGUUCUUAUACUUAUCGGUUCGCAAAAAUAUUUAACGCAAUUGUUUUUGGCAGAGCUGGACACGGGAGCGCUAAUGGUUUGCAAUUGAGGUCACAGCAGGCGAUAAAUUGCGAUGCUUAUCAUCCAACAACAAUGACGCUGCGGCGCGAGAGCAGCAAAACAGCCUAGGAAGGUGAUGGACAAUGUCCUGUCCUGUGGGUACAAGACACCGGCGCUCCUGGUCCUGAAUGCAGCGGAGACAGACACCUAAAGCGGGUGUCACCGUCAGCCCUGGAUGCUGCGCCGAAGAAUGGCAUACGCCGACCCAUCGUCGGGGAAAGACAUACUCGGCAAUAGAUCUCUUUGCUUUAUAUUCAUUUGCGCAUUUGGACUCGUCACGUUAUUGCAACAGAUUCUCUAUGGAAAAAACUACAUCAAGAGUGCGCAACAGUUUAGCCGACUCAAAGGGGACGAGACAGGAAAUUGGACCGGUCCUGUUAAUUUCUCGGAUGAUGGAUCUCUGAAGCCUGCCAGAAAUGGAAGGAAAAGAUGUUUCCGUCAGAAUUUUCAGCCAGAUUCACAGAUCUCCGUAAUAGUCACACCCUGCCUAGCUGAUAUUAAGAAGAAAAAAAAACGCCCUCAAAGGUAUCUGGAAAACUAUGAUGGCUCCUUUGAAUAUAACUCCACUGCAUGCAGGGAGCUCAGACAGGAGAUUAUGGAUGUCAAAGUCCUGACAAUAAACGUGGUUAAUUGGGGGAAAAAACAUGGCCAUGGUUAUCCUUCCUCACUCCACAAGUCUCUCUGCCUGUCUGCCAGGGUGAAAACCUCAGAGCUGUUUGAGAGAUGGCGAAACCUGCAGGUGUGCAGAUGGGAGCAGAACAAGGAAGAGACCAGCAACUUCAAGAUGUCUCUGUCUCGCUGCUGUAAUGCUCCGUCCUUUCUGUUCACCACCAAGAGGAACACUCCUGCAGGGACCAAGCUGAGGUAUGAAGUGGACACCAGUGGUAUCCUUCCCAUCACCAAUGAGGUCUACAAAAUGUUCCCAGAUGAUAUGCCGUAUUCCAAAUCACAGUACAAGAAAUGUGCUGUUAUUGGAAAUGGCGGCAUCAUCAAGAACAGCAAAUGUGGAAAGGAAAUUGACUCAGCAGAUUUUGUGUUUAGGUGUAACAUACCACCCAUUAAUGAGAAGUACACAGCCGACGUUGGCACUAAAACAGAUCUGGUGACAAUAAAUCCAAGCAUUAUUACUGAGAGAUUUCAGAAGCUGGAGAAAUGGCGGCGUCCGUUUUACGAAGUCCUCCAGAAUUACGAGAACUCGUCCGUGGUGCUUCCUGCUUUCUACAACACCCGUAACACCGAUGUAUCUUUCAGAGUGAAGUACAUGCUGGAUGACUUCGACUCCCAGAGGGGCGUGUUUUUCUUCCACCCGCAGUACCUGCUCAACGUGCAGCGUUUCUGGGCGGUGCAGGGCGUCCGGGCCAAGCGGCUCAGCAGCGGCCUGAUGCUCGUGACCGCCGCCUUGGAGAUGUGUGAGGAAGUCCACCUCUACGGUUUCUGGGCGUUUCCAAUGAACCCCUCUGGCAUCUUCAUCACUCACCAUUACUACGACAACGUCAAGCCACGGCCGGGCUUCCAUGCAAUGCCCCAUGAAAUUUUCAACUUCAUUCACAUGCAUACUCGCGGGAUCAUUAACGUACACACGGGACAGUGCACGUGAUCCCUCAACCCGCUACUUUAAAGUGGAAGCUCGACAUUUUACCUUCUGGUUUAUUUCAAAUCAAAUCAGGUUUACCUGUUGUGUUUUCUUUAUGUCACUGAGACAGUUCACUAUUUCCUCCCUCUUUGCUCUCAUUAAUUCGACAACACAGUGAAGGUUGCUUGCUUUAAUUGUCAACCUGCUUUUCUUUUUGAUGUGUACCUUAAGUUGUUUAUUUAGCCAAUCAAAUCUAUGGUUAGCUCUGAGUCUCUAACCAUAAUGUGAAAAGUGUUCUUCAUAGUGUUGUUGUUUCUGUGAAGUUUUCUAGUGGCUCUGCUGUACAGAGAUGUUGUUUUCUACUCAACGUUGCACAGAUAUUUACGCUGAACUGGGCUGCAGUGUGGGUGUCUUUGUGCCCCCGUCAUUCCUCCUCCUUUUAACUCGGACACCUCGUGGGUGUGGCAGCUUUUAAUGUUUGUGUAAAACAAAACCUGAACCUUGAUAUUAAGCUAAGAAUUCAAAAAAUGGUGAAAAAAAGAUUAAAUUCUAAGCUCCAGUUGUCUACUUUUGUAAUCUAUUUCCAGUUCACCAGUUUUACCAGGUGAAUAUUUUAAACCACUACUGAAAUGGCCUGUUUUCAGUGGCCAACCUUCUCCCAUUUAAAAUUUUCCUCUGAAAUUUCUGGUGGUAUAAAAGCAUGUACAAGAGGAUCAGUGAAGAGGAGGUUUUAGACAAAAGCCAGACUAAUAUUUUACAGUGACACCACUUCAGUAAAACUUUGACUUUCAAGGCCGCCGUCCAGUUUGCAAAGCAUCAUAGCUGUGUUGAGUGAUCCCUUCAUUCAUGUCUUAAGCCAUGCUGCCUUAUGAGAUAUCAAAACCCUCGAUAUUAUAUCCACUGCGCUCAUGUGUUUUGCUUAAUCUACAGCUACAUAAACAUCAAACUAAAUCUUAGUUAGUUCGCCUUGAAUACAAAGGACAUUUAAGACUAUCUAAGGUAUAGAAAUUCAUGUGCAAUUCUCAGCUUAUAAUCUAUUGGAAUUAGCAAAGUCUUACUGCCUGUAAACUCCAUUCAUAAUCAUGUAACAGUCUGCAUGACUUUAUACUUGGCUUUGUGUGUGCCUGCUUCGAUGAUCACUGAAAUAUGUUUACACUUAAGCCUCUACACGGAAGUUCACAGCGCUUUUGGAGAUAAAUACACAAAGCUUUUGACGGGAAGAUGAACGGAUUCCUUUAAGUGAACUCUAUACGGAUUCUCAAUGAUUAAAGAGACAGAAAUGAAGAUGUUUGCUGCCCUUUUGUGAAGUGCUAAAACACUUUUAUUACUACUGUAUUACUUCACCUUCCCUUUUGAAUUGUCAACGUUCAAUUUGCGUUUAAGUGUUGGAAAGCAGCGUGGGUUUUUACUGCUUAUUUUGUUGUACACUUUUAAGAGAUUGUAAAUUGCUAUUUUGUGACACUCCUCUGUUCAGGCUUGGCUGUCCUUUGUAUGUGAAGGACGUCAUUGCCAAAAGAUUUAAACAUGCUGUGUCUUUCUUCGUUUAUUCAGAGAUUUGAGUUCAACAAAUAUGAUCACCAAAAAUGUGAAACGUGACUGAAUCCAGAAUGGGACGGAAAGGGAACCGGUCUGUGUACUGAAUGGAGGUAAUAUAUAACACAGUGCUUCUUAACUGACUCUUAAUCAUUCUUUAUACUGGUAUUGUGUUUGUAAAUAAACUUGUUUGGAUUUUCUCA